GUUACAUCAAGGCUGGUUAUGGCCAAUUUAAAAGUUCCCACGAAGCAGGUCAAGUUCUACUUCGAUGUUCCUUGCAGAAGGAGGAAUGGCCUCAUUUUUACCAGCAUAGGCAAUCCAACGCCACCGCGUGCGUACGGUCUUAACGUGUUUUCCAUUCCACUUGCUCCAUAAUGGAUAGUUCGUCUGUCCUGAGCGACGAAGAUUACGAUGUCAUCUCCAACCCUGGUCAGCGCUCUUUGGAGUCCAGCAUUGCCGACUUGCAUCAUAUUCCAGCCUUGACUACUUAUGAGCUUCCCCCCUCUGAUGCAGCCAGGGAACGACUCAGUGCGGUGGCACUGAGUCCUGGGGAUAUACAAACAUAUGUGCAGAAUGCACUUAGUACUUCUGGUGCAAGAAAGUACCCACGGGACAACAUGACUUUAAGAGUGUAUGUUGAUGGCGUAUUCGAUGUAUUGACUGUUGGGCAUGUACAUCAGCUCCGUCAAGCGAAACUUUCCUUCCCUUCCGUACAUCUUAUUGUCGGAGUGCUUUCGGAUGAGCAAUGUCGAGCUCACAACACCACACCUCAUUUCUCACAUCUCGAGCGUUGCGAGCUUAUACGGCACUGUCGCUGGGUAGACGAGGUACUAUAUGACGCACCAUGGACAGUGAACGAUCGCUUUAUUAUCGACAAGCGCAUUGAUUAUCUUGCGUUGGAGGAGGGUUCCUCUGUUAACCCUGAAUUCGACAAGGAAAGACUCAAGGGAUACGACGCAGUGAAGAGACUAGGACGAGUGCUACCCACCCGAAUAACUACUGGACUAACUGCUGCUCCGCUUUUGGUGUCUUAUAAUGCAUCGGAAGACAUUACACCAUUCCAAGAACUUGCCGAAAUGGCGUUAAAACAACCCAGUCACAGCACCUCUACGCACCUGCCUCCGACAACUUGUACUACCACGUCCGCCGACAGCAAGACUCGUGGCCUUGAGGCCCUAGACGCCAUGUCGAACGAGCUGGCGGAGAGGUGAACUAGGCAGCAAGGCAGGUAGAAGGUACAUGCCGGGGAAACUGAUGCUCACUGUUGAUACAAAUAGUAACUUUAUAUGACGGGCUUUUUAUACUUGUGUUGUGUUGCUACUUGCGCUAUUCAACUGUUCUUGCUUUGUCGCAUUGGUUCUAUGUCAUGACACUUUCUGACCUUAGACUCGUGACCAGUCCUGAGCCUCUGAAACCUAUGAUCAUUCAAAAUCAGGCGGUACCACCAUCUGGGCCAAACUGAGCGUUCUUUCGUCUACACGUAUGCCCGGACACGAUUGUCAUUAAUUAACGCACCAUAGUCAAGUAAGGUAGUCAU